AUGGUCGCCACGGUACAAGACAUAUGUUUUGCAUUUUUACAAAACUAUUAUGAAAGAAUGAGAACUGACCCAUCUAAAUUGGCAUAUUUCUACGCUAGUACAGCCGAACUGACGCAUACCAAUUAUCAAUCUAAAUCAACGAACGAAAAAGAUGAUGUUCUUCCAACGGUAAAAGUUACUGGACGGGAAAACAUCAAUAAAUUUUUCUCCAGAAAUGAUAACAAAGUUCGGAGCUUAAAACUCAAAUUGGAUACCAUCGAUUUCCAGUACACUGGACAUCUGCACAAAAGCAUCUUGAUUAUAGCUACUGGUGAAAUGUUUUGGACGGGAACUCCAGUUUACAAGUUUUGUCAAACUUUUAUCUUACUACCAUCCAGCAGUGGCUCUACAUUUGAUAUUACCAAUGAUAUUAUCAGAUUUAUUCCCAGCUCUUUCAAGCCGUAUCUUCAAAGAGAGGAUUAUUUGCCCCAACCUGAAAAAGACAGCUCCGCAACAACUGUAGAUGAAGGAGAGAAAAUAAGGCAGGACUUGAAGGUUGAUAAAGAGAAGGAGAAGGAAAAUUCUCCGGAGGUAACGAAACCAAAGGCUAAAAAGGAAAUUUCCAAAGAACCGAUCGUAGAGCCUAAACCAUUGAACCAGGAAAAGCCAAUUGCUGAUCACAAUCAAUCUCAAGAUUUAUCUGCUGUUAAAGAAUCCAAAAAUCACGCGGAGGGUGUCGUAUGUGAGGCGAAAGGAAUUGACAAGCAGAACGAACUUCUACUGCAAGAAACCAUUGUUAAACCAGACGAAAAGCCACCAAAGUCUGAAAAGAAGGCAGUACCAACUAAGGCAUUGCCAAUUAAGGCUAAAGAAGCCUCUGAGAUUAUAAGCAAAACCCCACUUCCCAACAGUAAAGUCGAUAAUGAAGAAAUAACGGUACAAGAAAUUGUACAAGAAUCAGAAACCGAAGGCAAACCAAUAGAGCCUCAUUCUUCCGAAACUAAAGAAUCCAACGGUAGUGUUCCAGCACUCUCACCCUCUCCAGAACCUGUUGCAAACCCACCAAAAAUGACCUGGGCCUCAAAAUUAAUGACUGAGAAUUCCGACAGGAUCAGCAAGAAUAAUAGUACAGUUGAAUACAUCAGACCUGAAACUCUAACGAAGAAACCAAGUGAAAGAAAAUUUGAAAUGGGAAACCGCAGAGACAAUGCUAGUAGUAGCAAGAACAAGAAAAAACCAGUCUUCAGCACUGUUAAUAAAGACGGAUUUUAUCCAAUCUAUAUUAGGGGAACAAGUGGUUUGAGAGAGGAGAAAUUGAGGAGUGCUCUAGAAAAAGAGUUUGGAAAAGUCAUGAGAAUAACGGCAGCAGAUAACUUUGCUGUUGUCGAUUUCGAGACGCAAAAGAGUCAGACCGAUGCUCUAGAGAAGAAGAAGAAACUGAUAGACGGUAUCGAAGUUUGUCUAGAAAGAAAAACAGUAAAGAAACCCACCGGCAAUAACUCACCUAGCGUGUUUCCAAAUGGAGUGCGUCCUCAUAGAAAGCAGCCGCUCAAAAGGAAGGAAUGA